AUGAUCCCGCCGCCGGACUCGCUGCUGCGGUACAACCCGCCGGUGCUUGUCAGCCGCCGCACGGAGAAGCGCUCGCCCGGGGCCCGGCCGCUGAAGGGGACCCUGUCGCCGCCCGCCCCGACUGGGCCCGUCCCGGCGCCGCCCCGCACGGCGGCCGCCGCCGCGGCCGUGAAGCAGCCGCAGGAGCUCCUCAACGCCAUCCUGCCGCCGCGGGAGUGGGAGGAGGAGAACCAGCGGUGGGUGCAGGAGGUGUCCAGCGCACCCAGCACCCGCCUGGACGUCGUCCACCUCCAGGAGCAGCUGGACCUGCGGCUGCAGCAGAGGCAGGCGCGGGAGACCGGUAUCUGCCCCGUGCGCAGGGAGCUCUACUCGCAGUGCUUCGAUGAAUUGAUCCGCGAAACUACAAUUAACUGUGCAGAGCGAGGACUGUUGCUCCUUCGAGUCAGGGAUGAAAUCCAAAUGACAAUUGCUGCUUAUCAGACGUUGUAUGAGAGCAGUGUUGCGUUUGGCAUGCGGAAGGCACUACAAGCUGAGCAAGGCAAAUCUGACAUGGAAAAAAGAAUUGCAGAGCUCGAAGAGGAAAAGCGGGAGUUGGAAAGACAAGUGAGUGAACAGAAAGCUAAAUGUGAAGCUACAGAAAAGCGUGAAAAUGAAAGGCGACAGAUAGAAGAGAAGAAACAUACUGAAGAGGUUCAGUUCCUGAAACGAACGAAUCAACAGCUGAAGGCCCAACUUGAAAGCAUCAUUGCACCAAAUAAGUAG